UUGUGUUAAUUUGCUCGUAUGUUACGAGUUAAAAAUUUCCAAUCCUAUUUAUAAUCUAAAAACCACAUAAAAUAUGUCCUUUAACAAAGAUUUAAGACAAUUACUGAAACCAUAUUACUGGGUUAACAUUAUACUCAGCAUUUCGUACGUGAUAUCUAAGAGAACUAAUAUGAUAUGUGGUUAUUUAUUUCCCGAUUCUGAUUGUGAAUUAGAUAGCCGAGAAACGGAAAUCCUGUUCUUCUUGAUUAUUGUCGUGAUGCUGAGGACAAGGAAGGCGGGCAGUGUUACUAUGGUCAAUUAUCUUUCAUCCUCCUUUGUCUACACAAAGAUUGCCAAUUUAAUACUUUGGUUAUACGCCGACCCGAGAUAUGGUCUUCCAUAUGGGGCUAUUCUCAUUUUGGUGUCUCUGAUCCUGCCUGAACCGACUUACACGGGUCCUGAGCAUGUCAUAUACUUCCGAGGACAUCAAGUGCUUGAGGAAGAGUUAAAACAUCACAAGAAUAUCACAUGGCUAGUCUGUCUGUACGCUGCGUGGCACCCCGCCUGUGUUAACUUUGCACCAGUUUUUGCAGAACUCUCUGCUAGUUAUAAUCUUGAAAACUUUAAAUUUGGAAAGCUUGAUAUUGGAAGAUACCCAGAAGCAGCAGCGAAGUACAGAAUACAAGACGGUCCGACAAGCCGUCAGCUACCGACUGUACUGCUGUUGAGUGAUGGUAAAGAGAAAAUGAGGAGACCGCAUGCAGACUCAUCUGGGAAGUUACAAAAAUUCCUGUUUUCGAAAGACAAUGUGAAAGCAGCCUUCGACCUUGACGGGAUUUAUCAAGAGUCCAAAGAGAAGUUAGCGAAUUUGAAGUCUGUCAAGAAAACCGAAUAGACUACAGCAGACGUUAGACCAGGCCCAUAUAAAAAGUUAAUUUUUACUAGUUCCUAGGUAGUAAGCUAUUUAAAUGUGUUAUUAAAAUGUCUUCAUAGUCUAUGCGAUCCUUUUUUAUGACUGCCUCGAUGAUCUACUGGCUAGAUAUGAGGGUGCAGAUCCCGAGCUCCCAGGUUCAAACCCUGGGUCGGGCCAAUAAAAAGUUAUUGGGUCAAUCAGUCGAAAAUUCUCAGUAGCAGCCCGGAGCCUGGAAGUUGGAAGGGUGUGUGUGUGCCUCGGAAAGCCCGUGAAAUCGCUAGUCCUGAGAGUGGAUAAUGAGUGAGCAAGAAGGUCGAGGUCGUUUAUUUGUUUUUAUCUCCUGUGGUUGAUAUAUAUAUAUGUGUUGGAAUUAAUCAUCCAAAGGUUGCUUAGUAUGAAUAUCUCCCUUUUGUACAAUCUUAUAUAUAAUGGCCUUAGUAUAUAUGUUUGAGAUGAAACAUUAAAACACUUGGACCCAUUUGACCGAUCACCGUGACAUUUAACAAUGUAUUUAUUCAUCGUUUUUAUACUAUCCACUUUAUUGCUAGAUAACUCACCACUAGACACUGCAGCAUCACAUCGACAGUGGUAUAUAUAGACAGACCAGACAAUGUUUGCCGGGUUUUGCUAUUAUUAUUGUACGAUUAUAUAUUCAAUUAGCCCUUUAGAAAUUAACUGAAAGACUUUGAAAUGUAGUAGUGGAUAAUAUGUACGUAUUGUAUUUGUGACUAAGAAAUGAUUUGAUGUGUAGGAGUGCACCAACUGCUUUAAUUAUAUUUAACUUGUGAGCUGUGUCAAUGAAGAAAUCACUUACCCUCUAAACCGGAACACAACAAUAUUAUACCAAGUAUUGGUAUUUGUCAGCGGAAUAUGUGAUGAGUAGGGAUGGUAUCGAGUAUCGAACCAGAUGAGAUGCAUUGCAUUUAAAUAUUUACAAAAAAUAACCCUUAUAUUCUAUUGUAAUUUACUGAUAUAUUGCAUUAUUUAAUUUAAAAAUAAUAUUAAGAUAAAUGAAUCUCAUUACAUUGUUAAAAGUGUUAUUGUAUUUUAUUCAUCAUUUUGACCCACUGUUAGAACAUGUGAAUCAGUAACAAAGAUUUUGUGUUCGUUCUAGUCAAUAAUCAAACAACAAAUGAUGGAGAACAUGGGAACACCUGCAUGUGUCAUAUAAUAUUCCACUGUGUAUUCUACAACUCGAACUAAAGCAGUAUGGUGAAAUAAGCUUUUUUAUAACCACCACCUCACGUCUACCACCACCUUGCAAGUUGGUUGCCGGCCUGUGAGGAAAUCUUGGUACCCAAGUCGGUCCAUCCCCUAUUAAGAGCUGAAGAAUUUGCCUGAAUAUUUGUCCAGCAGCGGAAUAAUUAUAGGCUGUUUGGUAUAACUUAACUGUUCUGUUGUCCCUUUUUUUUUUUUAUUGACACAUGUCAUAAUAAUUAUGUUUCAUAAAGUUGUUAUUGUUGAAAAUUGUGUGUAUUGUGCAAAAUACUAUAAGGAAAGAAUAAAUUAAGGAAAUUGA